UCUCCAUCCAUUCAUUCACUCGGCUUCUCUUCCCUGGCCUCAAUCUCCAGUGACCCUAGCAAAUAGCCUACUGAUAGGCGGGACAGAAGCGAUCUAGUAGACGAUGGACUCGGGCCAGAACGAUGAUCCACCAGUGAUCGAUCCGGCUCUUCUUGAUCUCAGCCGGUCGAGCUCUGGGAAUUUCGGCAUAGAUCCCCAGCUGUUGGAUUCUCGCAAUCACGACGCAGGGACUGGCGUCGAGCCUGUAUCGCAUCGGCCGAACUACCCACCAAAUGAAUCUGGCCGCGGGCUCCCUCGACGGAGAAGCCGAUACCUGACCAGAAACUCAGCAGCUGGUCCAGUUGUUGUCCCCAAUGCCAGUUCCCUUGAUCCCAUGGAAAGAUGGCGGAAUUCUCCCCCAGAAGAGGAGCCGGCGCUGAUUCCGGAUAUCAUUGAUGCUUUGAAAACCACGCCAGAACCUGAGAAACAUGGCUCAGGCAAUGCAUUCCGUGACUAUCGUCGCGCUGCAUCGACGACUAGCGGCGAAUCCAGUGCCUCCUCUCGAGACUCGCAGCAAUCAGGGCGCUCUGGCUCGUCAGGUAGACGGUUCCGGGCUGGAAAAAAUACGCGAAAGAAGCAGAGCACCAAUGCGCUGCGCCGCUACUGCUGCACCUUUUGCUGCGACAGAUUUAAAAGCAAAUAUGACUGGGCGAGACAUGAAAAGUCGCUGCAUGUCACUUUAGAAGCAUGGUACUGUGCGCCUUUCGGCACCACCAUCCCAUCCAAUACACCAGGCGAAACCCUCUGCGCCUUCUGUGGCAUCACCAAUCCGACCCAAGCACACCUAGACACCCACGAACCAACAGCCUGCGCCUCAUCACCAGAACCCCGACGGUCCUUCCGACGAAAAGACCACCUCGUCCAACACCUCCGCCACGCCCACAAGCUCCCAACCGCAAGCACACCACCGGAUCUCGAGUCCUGGAAAAUCGGCCACUCCUCCAUCCCCUCCCGGUGCGGCUUCUGCAAUAAAUCCCUAUCUACCUGGGACGAACGCACCGAACACCUCGCUGAACACUUCCGGCACGGCCAGACCAUGGCCGCCUGGACAGGCGAACACGACUUCCCACCAUCUUUCGCAGCCCUCGUCGCAAACGCCUUACCGCCAUACCUCAUCGCCUCGGAAUCACACAGCUGCAUCCCCUUCUCCGCAACAAACUGCGACGUGCAGGACCACUUCGCACAGAUCUCAUCUCGGGCGGUCGUGAGCGCAGACGACCAGGCAGAGGCGAGCACAAUCGCCGCCCCACAGGCAUCGAGCGUGGACCUGCCACUACCAUUACCAUUACGCACCAUCGCGCCGGGUGUUGCGCCGGAACAGCUCAGCUCGUUUACGCAGGUUCUAACACUACAUCUGAGCCGGUUUGCGCGGGAGCAAGUCCACAGCGGUGUAGUGCCGAGCGAUGAGAUGUUCCAGCGCGAGGCGCGGCGGGUUCUGUAUGACUCGGAGGAUUCGUGGAAUCAGACGAUUGCGGAUAAUCCCGAGUGGAUGACGGCGUUUCGGGAGUUGCAUUGUGAUGGGUCUACCUAAGCUAAACCGUUACUAAACCAAACUGUGUAAUAGUCCGUAUUUUGGCGAUGCGAUUAUCUGGAAAGGCGUAGGCGUAGGGCG